AUGUCCCCGCCACCACCAACCAAUGGCCACAUGAGCUUUAGCAGCCUAGGACCCCAGCCUGCCCAUCCACCAGCUACGCCCGGGGGCGACGACUCAUAUUCGUAUACAACGGAAGAUCGCCUCUACCACGAGGAGGCGGAGGCGGCCCGCCAGCGCGCGAAGCGUCGCACAAAGCGAAAGAGCAUGAAGCGCGACGACAACGCGCCCUACCGACGAGGAGACGACGAUUACAGCGAGGACUCGGACGACAACCCGGAUCCCACCGUCGGCGUAGCUGCUCGCAAUGGGUUGCGAGCGCGCAAUCGCGCCACGACAACGGAGUUUGAUGACGCUCAACCAUUCCGCCCUCGCAAUGGCAAGGGCAGGACGACAAUGUCUGUCGUUCCCGAGGACGAAGGUAUAGAGGACGAGGGUGUCGGGCACGACGACUUCGCUCAAGCUGAGGAGGAUGAUUUUGCCGCCCAGCAGACUGACGCCUCUCCCGGCCCACCGCGCAGCCCUCUCCACUAUCAGGUAUUGGAGACCAGCUCCAACAGCCUACCUCAGGCCUUCCGGCAGCCCAGGCCGAUAGAGCAGCUCCUACGCGACGGGAAACAGCGAUUCCGCAUUGGGCUAGCCUGGCUCCGUAAACACCCUGCCGUAUUGAUCGUCGCAUUUGCAGCGGUCUGGCUCGCUUAUCUGUUAUCAGGCUCCUCGCGGCGUGAGGCGGCCCCGUCUCCGGUACAGCGACCUCUACCGGACAACUUUGAUGAGCUCGCCACCCGUCUCGGCGCCCUGGAGUCAUCCCACGUUGGUAGCCGCAUGUGGAGCAACCUCGACACGCGCAUCGCCCGCCUCGAGGCGGAGCAGAGUGUGCAAUCUGACGUUCGGCAGCAGCAGGCGUCCGUCCUGGAGAGCAAUCGCCGCACGAAAGAACAAUUGGGAGCGACCAUCGGCCGUGUCGACAAGCUGGAGCGCCGUGUGGAGUCGUUGGAAGCGACCGUGGCCAACGCCCUCAACGACGGCAGCCUCCGCGAAGCCGUGAGCAAGAUCCUCCCCGCCGUCAUGCCUGUCCGACGCGCCAAAAAUGGUGGCUGGGACAUCGACGACAGCUUCUUCGCCGUCUUCAUGAAGCGCUUGCUGUACGGUACCGGAUCGCUCGAGCACGAGAUUCGUCACCUUGUCAACCAAGGCGUCGAGACCGAGUCUAAGCGUUGGUCCGAUGAUUGGCAGGGUGACGCCAAACGUCUUACUGAACGCGUCGAGCAGAUGCUGGCGUCCCACACCGCCGAGAUUCUCAUCAGCCGUGAGGACUUCGUUCGUCUUCUUGAGGAGAAGACCGAGGAGCUCUGGCGUGAGAUCAAGUCUGUUCAAGAAAACACGGAUCAGUCCCCGACCGCCAUCAAGUUCAAGAACAGCAAGGGGGAAGAUGUUACGGAGAUGGUGCAGGGCAUUGUGGACGCAAGCCUGCUUCGGUACAGCAACGACAAGCUCGGCAUGGUAGACUACGCACUGUAUUCGGCCGGUGCGCGCGUGAUUGAGGGGACGACAUCGCCAACUCUUCAGCUCACAGAAGAGCCUGGCCUCUUUGGCCGCCUCUGGGGCAAGAGGGCUGUGCACGCGCGUCCGCCACACGUUGCGCUGCACCCGGACACCACGGUUGGGCAGUGCUGGGCGUUCGAGGGAUCGAUCGGCGACCUAGGUGUUCUUCUCUCACAGCCCGACGUCCUCGUUUCUUCGAUCACGAUCGACCACGUCGCCAAAGCGCUCGCGUCGGACAUCUCGUCAGCGCCUAAAGACAUCGAGGUGUGGGUCACCAUCGAGGGCGAGGAAGACCGUACCAAGGCCCGCCAGUACCUCGAGAACUCGCCCCUGCGCGACGAACUUACCUCUAUGCCGCAGACAGAGGAGAACAUCCUCGUCGCCAAAAUUGUCUAUGACAUCAACUCGGCCACGCCGACCCAGACAUUCCCGGUACCAAAGGAGUUUGUGGACCUUGGAAUCAGCACGCGCAUCACCACCUUCCGUGUCCUGUCUAACUGGGGCGGUGAGGUUACGUGCAUCUAUCGAGUCCGCGUGCACGGCUCGACAAAACAUGACUCUCCUAUCGUUAGCGAGCAGUAA